GUCAUGAAUGAAUAUGAAGCGUGAGAAAAAUACACACAUGUCACUUCUCAGCGGUUGCACGUGGUUACACGCGCCACUGUUUCAGUGUGGAAUCUCCUCUGCCCAACCGUCGUCUACCUUCUGUUGCUGCAACCUUCCUAUGGCUACCUCCUGUCGAAUCGCCGUCGUCGGCGACGUCCAUGAUGAUUGGAGCUUAGAAGAGGAUACCAAGGCUCUGCAACUGUUGAAGCCGGAUCUCGUGCUGUUCACAGGUGAUUUUGGCAAUGAGAAUGCUGAUCUUGUUGAAAGUAUUUCAAAUGUUGAUUUUGCAAAAGCAGUGAUUUUGGGAAACCAUGAUGCUUGGAACACCCAGAAGUUCUCUGCGAGAUACUCAACACAUAUAUGCUGUGAUUGGCAAGAAUGUUUCCUUUUUUUAUGUGGGGCAACAAGGGAAAAAGACGCUGUUCAACUGCAGCUUGAAUCCCUUGGCGAUGAGCAUGUUGGCUACCGACGAAUGGAUUUUCCAAAUCUGAAGUUGAGUAUAGUUGGUGGACGGCCGUUUUCUUGUGGUGGUCAACAGGUGUUUCGGAAAAAACUUCUUACUGCUAGAUAUGGCAUCCAUGAUAUGGAUGGAAGCGCGAAUAGGAUUUAUCACGCUGCUUUAGGAACUCCUGCGGAUCAUUCAGUUAUAUUUCUUGCUCAUAACGGGCCUACAGGCCUAGGUUCUGGUUUGGAUGAUAUAUGCGGAAAGGAUUGGAUACCUGGAGGUGGUGAUCAUGGCGACCCUGACUUGGCGCUCGCAAUAUCCCAACUAAAAGAGACCACCAAAUUGUCAAUCAAGUUGGUAGUGUUUGGUCACAUGCAUAAAGAGCUGGCCUUUGGAAAUGGUCUUCGAAAAAUGAUAGUGGUCGGGGAUGACAACACCGUGUACCUCAAUGGGGCUGUUGUUCCAAGGGUUAAAAUAAUCGGCAAAGAACAAGCCGUUGCAUCGGGCACUCUACGAGCCUUCACGGUUGCUGAUAUAUCAGAUGGCAGCUUGGAGAAAAUAACUGAAACUUGGGUUUCAGUCAUCGGAGACGAAGUCAGAGUCGAGGAUGAGCUCGUAUUGCUUAGCAAAGGAGCGACGCUGUAGGUACGACCACUUUUGUAUACUGAAGAGAGAUAUACUUGUGAUGCUAUAUCAACUGGUUAAUUAGGAAUCUCUUAUUCUAACAUAUGCAAUACUCGCCUACAUAUACAAUGACAUCAUUCAGUUUUAUUUGAUUUGAGUUAUAGAGAA